CUGGGCCACGAAUCUAUAAAUAAGUUCUCUCUCUAUCUCUCUCUCUCUCGCUCGCUCGCUCUCUGCGAUCAAUCAACAGUUCUGCUCUCGGUCUGAAAAGAAGUUGGAAAACCAAAAAUCAAACAGCUCUUCUCGGAGAAUUUCCGAUGGAUCGCAACUUUGCUGAUGAACUGUACUCUGAAAUUGUAAAGAUUCCAAAUGGAGAAUUGGGUCCAAUAUCCAGCAGCAAUUAUGAGGAGAGCAACUCUCAUGAUCACGAGUUGAAUCAUUUUUCGCUUGACGAUGAUUCUUUAUGGGGGAGCUCUCCUGAAAGAGGGACGAGUCUGUCUGAUUUGGAAAGGGAGUGGCAAAGAAGGCAUGACCAAUUUCAUACAAUUGGAUAUCGUGAUGGCGUGACAGCUGGAAAAGAAGCUUCUGCACAGGAGGGUUUCAACAUGGGCUUUAAGGAAUCAGUUGGUGUUGGAUACAACUGGGGCCUUGUUAGAGGUGUUACUAGUGCGCUGGCUUGCCUCCCGGACGGAAUGAAAGAGAAAUUGGUUGUGACACAAGAAGAGAAAGACAAGUUCCAGUCCUUAUACGAAUCAGUGCAUUCUCUUUCCACUACAGAUGCACUCAAGUUGUUUCAUGAUGAUAUCUUGACAAAUAGAUCGGUGGAACACAGUGAGAAUGCUGAGGCCAGUCCCAAUGAGGCAGGUUUGCAAGAUCCAAGUUCCAAUCUUCUGCAAAAUUACUUUGGGGAGCUUAAAUCACUCGUUCUCAUGUCUCCUGCAAUUGAAGUAAAUUUAGUGUUGGACCACUAGUAGACUUGUUUACUUUUCCUCUGUUGUAUAUCAUAAGGGUGAUCUGUUGGUUGGGGAAAUUUUUUGCCACCCCUAAUGGAAAUUAUUGCAAGACUUAAGUCUAUAAACAAUCAAUGUAUUUACCACAGUUGUUGAUUCAGUACCCUCUCCAUAUGUUAACUUUAUUUGUAACGACUUCUCUAUAUUGAAGCUUGAUUCUUAGUGCUUAAA